AUGAUCAAACCCCUCCUUGUUUCCGCCCUGUUCGCCUGGACGUUAUCCCACGGCUACAAGUGCGGCACCGACGCGAGCUACGACUACGUGAUCGUUGGCGGCGGCACGGCAGGCAGCGUGGUCGCAACCCGUCUGGCCAAGGCUGGGUUCGAAGUCGUCAUCCUCGAGGCUGGUGGCAUCUAUGAGAGUAUUCUCCCCGAGCUACAGGUUCCGGGCAACAUGUAUCUUACCUGGGGAACGGACCUGGACGAUAUCAACCUCAGCGUCGACUGGGGGUUUGUCACCACGCCGCAGGCUGGGGCCAAUGAUCGGAGAAUCCACUACGCGCAAGGCAAAGGGCUCGGGGGGUCGUACGUGCUCUUGCUUCUAGGGACGCAAGGAUCUUACCACGCAUGGGCGGAGAAGGUCAAUGAUUCCAGCUACGAGUGGGAGCAAAUCCUCCCCUUCUUCAAACGAGGCAUCCGCUUCACGCCGCCGGACCCCCUGAAAAGGCCCCGAAACGCCACCGCUGCCUACAACCCGGGGGCGUUCCUGCGCACGCCUUCCUUGAUGGCGGUUGAAGUGAGCUACUCCAACCAGGUCGGAGCCUUCCUGACCUGGUUCAAGAGGAGCCUGCAAAGUGCAGGGAUCCCCGAGAUCCAGGACUUCAACAGCGGCCGUCUCCUGGGGACGCAAUACUGCAGCUCGACCCUCACCACCAAAGCGCGUCGCAGCAGCGCCGACUCGCUGAUCGCCGUCCUCGCAGGCACAGGGAAGUCAACCCUCACCGUGUGCGUCCAGACCAUGGCGAAGCGAAUCAUCUUCGACGAGUCCAAAAGCGCAGUCGGCGUGCUGGCCGAGUCCAAAGACGCCGAGUUCACCGUGUCGGCAAAGAAGGAGAUCAUCAUCGCCACCGGAUCCUUCCACUCCCCACAGCUCCUGAUGGUCUCGGGGAUCGGACCGGCGGAGACGCUCGAGAAGCACGACAUCGCCGUCCUCGUCGACCUGCCCGGCGUGGGCCAGGACAUGUGGGAUCAUCCCUUCUUCGGCCUCUCGUACCCCGUCACCAUGACCACCGCCACCCGCUUCAUCGUCGACCCCCAGUACCAGACCGACCAGACCCUGAAAUACAUGGCCUACCACAAAGGCUACCCGUCCCAAGUCGUCGACACCCUCGGCUGGGAGAAACUGCCUCUCCUGUACCGAAAGAAGUUCCCUCCUGCCGUGCUCGCCGACCUCGCCAGAUUCCCUGCAGAUUGGCCAGAGGCGGAGUACAUCGGAGCCGACUACUUCGUCAGCAACCUCUCCAACGCCACCGCCCAACAACCUCGCGACGGCCACUCCUACGCCUCCAUCCUGGGGGCCCUUGUCUCCCCGACCUCGCGCGGCAACGUCACCAUCGUCUCCAAAUCCACCCACGACCUCCCCCGCAUCAACCCCAACUGGCUCACCACCGAGACCGACCAGCACGUCGCCCUCGCCAUGUUCAAGCGCAUCCGCAGUCUGUGGCGCUCCGAACCCCUGCACUCCAUCGUCAUCGGCCCGGAAGCGCAUCCCGGCGAGAAGGUCAAGACGGACAAGCAGAUCCUGCAUGCCAUUCGGGAGAGCGUCAUUCCGAUCUGGCAUCCGGCGGGGACCUGUAAGAUGGGGAUGCGCGGGGAGGAUCCCACGGCGGUGUUGGAUUCCAGGGCGCGCGUGUUCGGCGUCAAUCGGUUGAGGGUCGUGGAUGCGAGUGCCUUUCCGGUCUUGCCGCCGGGGCAUCCGCAGAGUACUGUUUAUAUGCUGGCGGAGAAGAUCUCCGCUGAUAUCAUCAAGGGGGAGUCAAGAGAUCCGGAUGGAGAUGGAGAUGGAGAUGGAGAUGGUCAAGACUUCAGACGGGGAUGAAUCCAUGAAUGAUCACGACCAGAAUGAGUAAUUCGGUAGAGGCGUGGGCGGGGGGGUAGACUGAAGUCCGAAUACUAAUUAGGAUGGAGAUUUCGAAUGUGAAUGCGAAUGUUUGGACUUUGCGAUAGUCUGGAGAGCACUCCACUCCACUCCACUCCACUCUCCUAUCCUCUACUCUACUCUAUCCGACCCUAGUCUUGUCUGGUUUAUAGUCAUCCCUAAUAAU